AUGGCGGUUAGUGCUGAUGGUCAUGCACGUCUGCAGAGCAGCAGAUCAACAGGGAUACCCCGAGAUCUGGGAUGCGACUGCUACUUCUGCUAUUCAAUGCACAUGUUGAGUAUGGUUAACUAUCUCCAGACACGCUGGGCCAUAAAACCAUCGCCAUUCCCAUUCGUAGACGCAAGGGGACACGACAACUACCAGUCAAAUCAAGGAACUACAAACCAUCGAACAAAGGCGUCUGAUACUAAUCGGGAUAGCCCUGAGCUGUACCAUAGCUCAUACCGGCUCGAAUGGGGAUCUAAGAUAGCCAAGCUAUUGGAUCAUGCCAAAGUCCCCUACGUAGCCUGGGGAGAUUUGAUGAACGUGCACAUGGUAAUGCACAUUGUGACUAAUCGUGCCCUUUGCUUCGUGGUUCCGGAUGAUCGCCUGGAUGCCGCUAUACGAGCAUUGCGAGUUGCUGGUUUUCCUGAGAAUCCUUGUCAAGUUUCAUUCUGUGACUGGGCCAGCCCCCCCAAGAACCGAAUGCCAAACCCGUGGCCUGACCACCACUUCCACCAUUAUCAAGAGGUAAAAGAUCUUGUCUGGUCCGGAACAUAUACAGUCUGCUACCCUAUUGGUCUGGUUCGGAAGUCCCAGUGGCUCUGGCUCUUGCCCGAUCUUCCCCUUGACUUUCCUGAGCCCAAUGACCCUAAUUUCAUGCUCUCUACAGACCGUCGUCUCCCUGACUGGGAUAUGGAGGGGUUCGGGAACUCCUUUUAUCCCAUAAAGCUGCUCACUCCGGCGCGAUGGAUAGAGUCAUUAUUCUGCCAGGAGAUCAGAGAUUCAAGUCUAACUGAUGACUUGUCGGAACCUUGGCACCGACCUGUUAAAGAUUUCCAUGAACGACUUGCAAGACUACUGCAUCCGGAAUUAUUUCAUGUUGACCUCAUCCAACAACCAUUUCGCACCUUCUAUAAGCUGAAUACGAACUGGCGUCCCUUAUCAUUCCCCCUGAUGGAAUUGCUGAUGGCCCGGUUGUGGGAAGAAUGGCAGAAAGCUGGUUCUAUGCCAAACCCUGUUUUCCCGUUCGAUAUCGAACGGCACAAGCAGAAUGUCGAGAAGUUCAAACAGGCCUUUCCAUAUUCAGACAAUAAGCUUAGCGAGAUUUUGCGAAACGGUGCUCCACUGACCAUUGCCACGGGCAUGAGUUUACGUGGCAGGGUGGCAAACGCGGAAGACAGAUUCCGAUCCCAUGCUGUUGGAGUUUGGGCGGAUGCUAAAGGUGGUCGGCGCCCAGUGCUCCUCUUGUCGAACGGGCCAGACACAGGGUUUAUGCACUCCAUAGCAGAUUUGGUGACCAAAAACAGCUCCAUCACCACGACGAUUGACUCCGUCUCGGCCGUCGACCCACCCUCUCAACCAUGGAGCACCAAAUGUAGCCAAAGACGCUUAUGCGCCAAAAGCACGUCUGUAAAUACGAUGGUCAGGAGAAAAUCGGCUAAAACAGGGCACGUUGCGCCCCAUGGAUCCAAUUUCCUUGAUUUGCUCCAUGCCUCUGCUUCCUUCCCCCCCCUUCCCUCUCUCCCCUCAUGGGGCUGGUCCCUGGCUCCUAUCACGGAAAUGGAGGGUGGGGACGACUUCAAGCUCGGUAGUUCUGUCAAUUUGGGCUUUAUACCGAACUGA